AUGUUUGUACAGACGAUACGUUGCGACAGCGGGCAACAGUACACUAACUUUAACAAAUUUAUCACCUGCAAUCUGAAACUGCGAGUGAAAAAUGGCUGGGCUCAACGGAAGGAAGAUGAAAACCAAAGUCUGGUCAGAUGCGCAGCGACCUGUCAGGACGGUUGCUGUGGUGUCAACCUGGAUGACAAUCAAGUGUGUUAUCAUCAUGCCAACUGCACAGAAAGAAUCCAAUGCUCUCCCAGGGAUCUCUCCUUUGAGCUGUAUGUAAAGAAUCCCUGUCAACACAACGGCGUGUGGAAUGAGGUUCGGUUUACCUGUAAAUGCACUGGUGGCUGGGUAGGCGACCGUUGUGAGCGCUACCCGCGAAACUGUAAGGAAAUGACUUUGUACGGGUAUGAAGACGGCUUUCAGGAACGCCUAGUGCUUCACCCAGAGACCUCACCGCAGCCAUUUACUGCUCACUGUAGCUACUACAGGGACAGGAAGGAAUAUUUCACCUACAUACUGUACAAUACCGGCGAAUACGACAACACGAUGACCUGGUCAGACUACGUCAAUGGGUUCGAGCAUGACGACACUAACUAUUGGAUAGGUCUGCGGAACAUAAAACUCCUCAACGAUGCAGGCCACACACAAGUUUUUCUCAGAGUUACUGUCAACGUCAGCGGCAUUAGCAAGUUACCGUACUACUCCUUCACACAGUUCCGAAUGGGAUCUGAAGAGAUGGGAUAUGAUUUUACUGCGGUGGCUAGUGACAACAAUACAGAGGGCGGGGUGUAUGGGGACUGUUUGACUCCUGUCCAAGGCGUCCCAUUUUCUACAGCUGACCACGACCGAGAUCUGAACACCACAGGGAAUUGUGCCAGGGAAGGCAAGGCUGGAUGGUGGUUCAAAACCUGUGAUGUUGGGUGCAAUCCUUUAGGUCCGGCAUCUCACUGGAGAAUGAUGCACUUUAACUUAGACCGAAGCAUUCUAAAAACUUACAUGUAUUUUAGAGAUGUGUAG